GCAAUGUACAAUUUCAUGAAAUUAUUUAGAUGAUUUUAUAAAGUUUAAAUUCGAUGACAUUGUUCGUUAUGAAAAUACAAUGAAUAAUCAUGCACCAGGAAACAUUAUAAAUAUGUCUGUUACACUUUUUAUGGCUUUGAGAAGACAACGUAUACAUGGAAUGUGCUCUCAAGACAAGGCCGACCAAAAAAAAUCAAGUUAAUAAUUGGAAUUCCACCCUCGUCGAUAUCCGUUCACGUUUAACCACUAGAAUUUCUUACGAAUCAAACUAAUCAGUAUAUUAAUUAUAAUUGGGUAAUAGAAGUAUUUUAGGAAAAAUGGACUAUAGACUUCUGUGGUUUGUAAAAUGCAUAAACAACGUCUUUGAAAUCGAUAACGUGAAAGAGACGGUAAAUCUAUUCGGAGAAACACUGAACAAAGACGGAGGUCUGUUAAAACAAAAAUUCAUCCAAUACUUAGAAUCUUCGAUGAUUAACAGAAAUACGAACACUAAUAUUUUUUACGUUUAUACAACUACCGUAAAAAAAGUCAUAAAAGAAGAAAUAGAGGUAGAAGAGGAACUCUCUGAACUAGAAAUGCAAUCGCUGAGAGAUUCUGAUAGCAAAAAAAAGAAGAAAAAACACCACCAAGAUAGGAAAAAAAAAAAAAAACAUGUUCAUAGAGAAGACACAUUAACUAGUGCUGAUUCACUGGUAACAGAUUCCGAAAAUGAAUUAGACGACGGAAAAUCAAGAGAUGGUUAUUCAAGUCCAGAUACUGCAAUUCAGAUGGCAGACGAAGAUGCAAUAAGAAGGCAUUCUGAAAAAUUUUACAAAAAAGUUAAAGUAAUCCAAGAAAAAAUAAUUACACUUCCAGAGCUGCAUGUACAUUUUGGAUGUAUGAUUGGCAAUAUAAAUACUAAUCAGAUAUAUUUGUAUUUUGUUAAAAAUACAAACACAAUUAUUCCUGUGUAUGAUUUAGCCGAAGAAGCUGAUUUCUAUAUGCCCAGUCAUUUUUUAAUCGGCAAUAAAUCAGGAUGUUUGGUGAAAUCGAUGGAAACCGAACUAGAAAACAUCUGGAUACCGUCAGUGAAAAAACUUUUGAUCGAUCCGUUUUUACACGACUGUGUUACAACUCGCACCGAAAAAACAAUUCUGAAAACAUUAGCAUCGUCGUGUGUAUCAUCAACAUUUGUGCGGAUAACUCGAGAAAUUAAAGUGCAACAUGAUUAUGAGAUCCUUAUUGGAGAACGACCAGAUGACUACGAAACAAGGCCGCACUCAGUCGACUUGGAAAAAAUCAUAGCACUAAGUGAACUUUUUGUCCUUGAUUCAGUUUCUAUUCACGAUAAAAAUAGUUCAUCGGAACCACUGAAACAUAAUUUCCUAACGAAACUGCAAUGUUUAUUAGAUAAAUUAAAAUGGACAUUAGAUUACAUGUUCAAAAAACAAUCGUUGAAUGUUACUGAAUAUUUAAGCGGUCUUACCAAAGAUAAUAUAGAAGAAGUAGCAGUAACUCUUGAAAAAACUCCAGCUAUGAUUUUACAAUGUGUUAAUAUCUUAGAAACAUGGAAUUCUCGAAUGACAAACCUCUGUUCUAGCAUUUUCGAGUUUCGAGAACGAGACACUAUUCAUUCGGAGUUUACAUUUUGGAAAAACAACGAAGCGUUGGUUCGAUCAAUUCUAGGCGAACUUGAAGCAGAGGAUACGAAAUUGUUUCUAGAUGUUAUAGAAAAAACGGCCACCACUACGCAGGGAAUUAAUACCAUUUGGCAAGAAUUCAAAAAUGUUAAGUUACAAUUUAUUCGUUCGUGUGGAAUUGCAAAAGAUAAUUUAAAAUAUAUUUCGUUAAUCAUGGAACACUACGAGGAUUUUGUAUCUGCCAAUUUUGAAACGAUUAUUAAAAUCAUACCUAUUUGGUUUGAUGAUUUAAGAACUAUAUGGGUUCUAUCACCCUAUUUCGGUAAAGACGUUAAUAUGUUAAGAUUACUUUUACAAAUUUCAAAUGGCCUAUGUGAAAAUGUCGGCCGAAACUUGGGUGACUUGAAAUCUAUUUUUAAAACUAAAAAAAUUGAAGAAAUAUCAGAAAUGUCUUUCAAUGCCACAAAAAUGUUAGAUGUUUGGUCAACAGAAUACUUAAAAACUCGAAAAUCUAUCGAAAAAUCAAAAUUUCAACGAUGGGAAUUUGAUAAAUGUAUACUGUUCAAUAAAAUUGAAUACAUCAAACGAAUAGCUAAAGAUAUUCAUGAAAUAGUUGCGACAAUCAAUCAAUUUUUGAAUAUUUUGGGUCAAGACUUGAGAUCAAUUAUUAAAGAUAUGAUUGGUUUGGACGUUAUGAUAAGUAGAGUUAAAUCCUUGUAUAAAGUUUUCGAUGCAAUCGACUUUGAUUUAUUUUGCGAAGACAAUGUAGAAAACUGGAAUUUAUUCCUUAAAGAAUUUAAUUUGGAAGUAUUAAAAGUGGAAGAAGAAUGCAAACUUUUUAUUGACUGGUGUUUUAAUAAUUUAAGAUCGUGCAAAGAGGCAUACUUGAUUUUGGAAAAACUUCAUAAAUUUACUUCUAGUCCUGUUUUUAAAGAACAGCUUAAAACAAAAUACCAAGCAAUCUUGAGACAAUAUGAAAAUGAACUAACAACCAUUGAAACAUGGUUUUUGACUCAACAAAACAAUCCUCCAGUCUCCCGACAUCAUCCACCUGUUUCUGGAUCUAUAUUCUGGGUACGAAUGUUGUUUGAUAAGAUCAAAGAGCCAAUAACCUUGUUUCAAUCGGUUGACGAAUUUGAUAUGCCUUUAAAAUAUAAGGUUGUAGAUAUGUACAAGAAUAUUGUUGAUCAAAUGAAAUGUUACGAGAAAUUAAAACUAACCGACUGGAUAGAUAAAGCAAAAUUAUUAAGUAUUCAUCAAAUGAAUAAUAACAUACUUGUAUGUGUAAGAAAAAAUGAUGGUAUAGAUCAACCUCAGAUUAAAAUCAAAAUUGAAGAUUUAAAAGAUUGGAUAAAAUGUGUUGACGGAUCAGAUCAAAUAUUAUCAGACCAUCAAUUGAUGUUCAAAACUAAUUUUAAUGAUCAGGUGUAUGUAUUAAUAGAAGAAGCCGAAAUGAUGGAAAAUUUGGGAAUUGUUUUACCUGGAGAAAUACAAAUGUUAUUAGCAAAAAAAAAAUUCUCUGUUUGAUGACAUAAUGAAAGUAAAAAAUAUGAUUUAUUCGUAUAACUCAUUUAUUUCUGUUAUGAGUGAUUUAGAAAUUACUAUACUAAAACAUAGGUUGAGAGAUAUUGAGAAUUAUUUGUAUACGGGUUUAUGUCGUUACAAUUGGCUUUCAAUUAGUAU